AUGGAGUCCUUCUGCGUCAACUCUCUCUACGCUGUUUCUCCUCAACUCACUCUUUCGCCGCGAACCAACCGGCGAGUGCGAAUUUCGAGCUUGGCUGCCGCAACUGGAAAUUCUGUUCAAAACGGCGCCGUAUUGAAGUCCAAUAACAGUGCGCUGGAGCAACUUGACAUCGAGCGUGGCGUUUGCAUCCCUUUCCGCAAGUACUCUCCUGAGAUUGUGAGGAAUAAGGUAUUAGAAUCAAGAGGAGCAAUUUUGUCUCUAAUUUCUCGGGGAGUGGAGAUAGUUUUAAGUCUGGGCUUGUAUUGGUCUGCCUUAGUGUAUGAUUUCCUAGUUGGAAGGGAUGAAGAAGUUGUUCCAUUUCGUGCUCGACAGCUUAGGAACCUCUUGUGUGACCUGGGCCCUUCCUUUAUUAAAGCUGGUCAGGUCCUUGCAAACAGGCCCGAUAUCAUUAGAGAAGAUUACAUGAAUGAACUUUGCAUUCUUCAAGAUGACGUCCCUUCAUUUCCUAAUCAAACUGCCUUCAAUAUCAUAGAGGAAGAACUGGGUCAGCCCCUUGAAGCAGUUUUCACAAGAAUCUCAUCAGAGACAAUAGCAGCUGCAAGUUUAGGCCAAGUUUACCGGGCUACUUUACGUGCCACUGGCGAGGAUGUUGCUAUAAAGGUUCAAAGGCCCGGGAUAGAGCCCAUAAUUUAUCGAGAUCUCUUCCUGUUUCGCACUUUAGCUUCCUUCUUAAAUGGCUUCAGUAUACAGAAACUGGGGUGUAAUGCUGAGCUGAUUGUUGAUGAAUUUGGUGAAAAGCUUUUGGAAGAGCUCGACUAUACACUGGAAGCCCGCAAUAUUGAAGAUUUUCUAGAAAACUUUAAAAAUGACCCCACUGUCAAAAUUCCUCUGGUUUACAAACAACUUUCUGGGCCACGUGUAUUAGUGAUGGAAUGGAUAGAUGGUAUUAGAUGCACAAAUCCACAGGCCAUUAAAGAAGGUGGUAUUGAUCUAGAUGGAUUUCUAACAAUUGGUGUUAGUGCUGCACUUAGACAACUAUUGGAAUUUGGAUUAUUUCAUGGAGACCCUCACCCUGGAAAUAUUUUUGCCAUGCGCGAUGGACGGAUUGCAUAUGUGGACUUUGGCAAUGUAGCUGUUCUUAGUGAGCAAAAUAAACAGAUUUUAACUGAUGCUGUUGUACACGCUGUGAAUGAGGACUAUGCUGAGAUGGCUAAUGAUUUCACCAGAUUAGGCUUCCUGGCAGCAGGGACUGAUGUCUCUCCAAUAGUUCCUGCUUUAGAAGCAAUUUGGCAGGACUCUUCUGGAAAAGGAUUGGCAGAUUUUAACUUUCGUAGUGUCACUGGAAAGUUUAACCAGUUGGUUUACAAUUAUCCCAUUCGAAUCCCAGAAAGGUUUUCACUUGUAAUUCGUUCUUUAUUGACUCAAGAGGGCAUCUGUUUUACUCUGAAGCCCGACUUCAAAUUUCUUGAGGUUGCCUAUCCAUAUGUGGCUAAGCGAUUACUAACAGAUCCAAAUCCAGCUCUACGCGAACGACUCAUACAGGUUUUAUUCAAAGAUGGUCUUUUCCAAUGGAAGCGGCUUGAAAACCUUAUUGUUCUUGCAAAGGAAAACGUGGCCAAGAUGAGCAGCAAUCCAGCAUUGCAAGUGAGAAACAAGCAAUCCCAGAGAAACUGGAAAGUUGCCAAAAAACUGGACCUUACAGACACAAUCAAAGACGGAGCUCGCCUUUUCUUUGUUGACGAAGGAAUCCGCCGGCAGCUUCUACUUGCUUUGACCGAGGACUCAAAGCUUCAUAUAGAAGAGCUUGUCGAUGUGUAUAGGUUGGUUGAAGAUCAAAUAGAUAUACCCUCGGUGGCUGUAGAAGUAGCUCGAGACUUCCCAACUGUUGUCAGGGAUAUCCUACUUUCAUGGAGCGCGUCCGUCUUAUCCGAUAGAUAG